AUGGUUAUUUCAUGUCUUAUCCAGCUUUUCAAAGAGGCAGAAGUGUACUUUUCUCUGGAGGGAGAGAGAUGGCAAGAAGACUACAUAACACACGAACCGAAACAGGACCGAGUAUCCGAACAUGCCCGCGUGGUUCACAUAGACCUGCAGAAUCGAACAGCCAAACACCUCAUGAUGAAACUCAAGUUUCAGCAUGAAUGGAUCCUGAUCAGCGAAAUAACUUUUAAAUCAGUGCCAACGGUCGUGAAUGCGUCAACCGAAUUCUUAGAUGAAUACUAUAGAACAGAUACGCCACCGUCAUCAAGGAAGAAACGGAAUUCUUCUCUAAGAGUGUCUGUGGGCCUAGCUUGCGGAGCCCUCGUCGGGGGAGCCCUGCGGUUGUCGACGAGGAUUACAGAGAGCCCUAUAACAUUUGGAGGGAGACCCUUGGCCGUCGUGAUAAACGAGAAACACACGACCAAAACGAAUACAACGGAUUUUAAAGAAUUCUAUUCGCCCACAGAAAUUUGUGAAGACUCCGAGUUCCCGAGACCUUAUAUGAUGAAGAGGCCUGAUCCGCACGAGAGUUUCUACGCAGCCACAGACAUAAUACAUCACGUGAGUACUUAG